GGUGCGCUGUGUCCCUCGAGCACAGCGGAUCAUCAAUCAACGGAAAGAGCCGAAGAUGUCAGCUCGGUCAUGUGAUCAGCUGUGUCCAAUCACAGCUGAUCACAUCAGUGCCACCUGUCAGUGUCCAUCAGUGCCAGCUGUCAGUGCUCAUCCAUGCCAGCUGCCAGUGCCACAUUUCAGUGCCUACCAGUGCACAUCAAUGCCACAUAUCAGUGCCCAUCUGAGCUGCCUUUCAGUGUCACCCAUCAGUGCCAGUCAGUGCCACCUAUCAGUGCCAGUCAGUGCCACCUAUCAGUUUGCACCAGUGCCCAUCAUUGCUGCCUAUCAGUGCCACCUAUCAGUGCCAGUCAGUGCCGCCUAUCAGUGCCAGUCAGUGCCGCCUAUCAGUGCCAUAUAUGAGUGCUGCCUUUCAGUGCCCAUCAGUGAUGCCUGUCAAUGCCCAUCAGUG